CUGCCGUCCCAGUUUAGGAGGCAGGGACAGCUAGUAGGUCCGAAGCGGAAGUGUUUUCUCUGGGUCGUUCUCCUAAUGGUCUGCUCAACAUCCCGCAGAAAAUCUGGUUGACACAGUGUUCUCCCCUCUUUAGACUCGCUCCCACGUCUCCGUCUGCCAGUGUAACCCUCGUGGGAGUCGCAGGGAAGGGUGUUGGAUUGAAUCUAAAGACUUCUUUGCGUCGCCUGAGCCCCACUGAGGUCAACUUUCAUGUAUCUGUUUUCCCAAGAAAAUCAGGAAAUGGCCAAACCCCAGGCUGUUUUGGAACUUGACAUAUGGCCCAAGCUGGUCUCAAAUUUAUGAUCCUUCUGCCUCCUCUGCUUCCUAAGCAUUGAUGUUGCAGUCUGGCAUCUCGGCCCUUGGAUGGUGCUGCCCACAUUCAGGGUAGUGCUUUCUUCCUCAGUUAAUCCACUCUGGAAUUGCCUUCAUGGAUGUGCCCAAAGGUGUGACUUAGGACCAAAGUGGCGGCUUUGGCUACUGGCUUCACCCAAUCAGCUUUCCAACAUAGCAAAGAGUACAGAAGGACAUCCUACAUCAGAGCACCAUGAGGGACAAUUGGUGAAAGUUCGGCCCAGUUGCAGAAGACCCCAGCAUUUUGGAGAUGCCAGUGCCAUGGGAGGACCAGCAAGAACAGCAGCAGCAGUGGAGUGGAGCCAUCCAGAGCCUAAAAUUCCAACGGUGCAUGCUUCAGGGGGUGGAGAUAAAGAAGUGACCCAAGCCCUUAGAGAAGCCCAGAAGAUUGAACUAGUGACAUUUGAGGAUGUAGCUGUGGAUUUCACCCAGGAGGAGUGGCAAUACCUGAACCCUCCACAGAGGACCCUGUACAGAGAUGUGAUGCUUGAGACCUACAGCAACCUUGUCUCUGUGGGCUCUGAAGACCAAGGAGGUAUCUAUCACUUGUCAUCCUUAGAACAGCAGGUUACUAAACCAGAUCUCAUUAUCAAGCUGGAGGUAGAAGAACCAGAGCCAGAUGGGGAAAUUUCAGUUUGGAACUUUUCAGAAUUCUGCCAAGUUAAUGAACAAUUUGAGAGGCAAUGUCAGGAUAGCCAAGAUAAGUAUCUGUUGAUGCAAGUUGGAUUCCCUGAUGACAAAGUAAUUACCAAGAAUGACCAGAACUAUACUGAAUUUGGAAACACAUUUCAUCUGAGCACAAGUCUUAUUGUUCCAAUGCAAAGGUCCCAUAAAUUUGAAUUGUUUGGAAAUAAUAUGGUGGACAAUGUAAGCCUAUUUAAUGGAUGCUCUCCAGAAAAUAAAUAUGAUACUGGGUGUGCAAAAUUAUUCUUCCAUACAGAAUAUGAAAAACCUAAUUUCAUAGUGAAACCCUAUGGAUAUAAAGAAUAUGAAAAAAGCCUCAGGCGAAAGAAAGGUCUUAGCCUUCAUCAGAGAAUUAAAAAUGGAGAAAAGCCUUUUGAAUGUACUGCAUGUCAGAAAACCUUCAGCAAAAAGUCACACCUCAUUGUACAUUGGAGAACUCAUACAGGAGAGAAACCAUUUGAAUGUACUGAAUGUGGGAAAGCUUUUAGCCAAAAGUCUCAGCUCAUUAUACACCUCAGAACUCAUACUGGAGAAAGACCCUUUGCGUGUCCAGAAUGUGGCAAAGCCUUCAGAGAAAAGUCAACUGUCAUCAUACAUUAUAGAACUCAUACAGGAGAGAAACCUUAUGAAUGUAAUGAAUGUGGGAAAGCCUUCACUCAGAAGUCAAACCUCAUUGUUCAUCAAAAAACUCACACAGGAGAGAAAACCUAUGAGUGUACCAAGUGUGGGGAAUCUUUCCCGCAAAAACUUGACCUAAUUAUACACCAUAGUACUCACACAGGAAAGAAGCCUCAUGAAUGUAAUGAGUGUAAGAAAACAUUCAGUGAUAAGUCAACCCUUAUUAUACAUCAAAGAACUCACACUGGAGAGAAACCUCAUAAAUGUACUGAAUGUGGGAAGUCUUUCAAUGAGAAAUCAACCCUCAUUGUGCACCAAAGAACUCACACUGGUGAGAAGCCCUAUGAAUGUGAUAUAUGUGGGAAAACUUUCACCCAAAAGUCAAAUCUAGGUGUGCAUCAGAGAACCCAUUCAGGAGAAAAACCAUUUGAGUGUAAUGAAUGUGAGAAAGCCUUCUCUCAGAAAUCCUAUCUCAUGCUACAUCAGCGAGGCCACACUGGAGAGAAGCCUUAUGAAUGCAAUGAAUGUGAAAAGGCAUUUUCUCAGAAGUCCUAUCUCAUUAUACAUCAACGAACUCAUACAGAAGAAAAACCAUAUAAAUGUAAUGAGUGUGGAAAGGCCUUCCGAGAAAAGUCAAAGCUCAUUAUCCAUCAGAGGAUCCACACAGGAGAGAAACCCUAUGAAUGCCUUGUGUGCUGGAAAGCUUUUAGCCAGAAGUCACAGCUCAUCAUCCAUCAGAGAACACACACAGGUGAAAAGCCCUAUGAAUGCACAGAAUGUGGCAAAGCAUUCAGGGAAAAGUCCACAUUCACUGUACAUCAGAGAACACACACUGGAGAGAAGCCUUAUAAGUGUGCAGAAUGUGGGAAAGCCUUUACCCAGAAAUCCAACCUUAUUGUACAUCAGAGGACCCAUGCAGGGAAGAAAGCCCAUGGAAGAGGCCAAACCCACAAGUAAAGCUCACUACACAAUACGGAGCAAAGCAAUAGUGUCUUUCAUAUACCCCAAAGGAAAGAUGUGUUGAUUUAAUGUUUAAACAAAUUUCUUUUCAUCUGUUUUCACCCUAAUGCAGGUUGAAAAAGAAACAGAUGUGUGAUUUCUUUGGAAACCACUGCAACCAGUGGGCUGUCAGACUAAAAGGCAAUCAUACACAAGAGCAGGAGAUUUCAGGGCUCAAAAGUGAAUAGCUAAGGACUCUCUCCUGAGGAUUGAGUUAUACUCUAAGAUACAUGACCAGAGACAGCUGUGACAAAGACUGUGAGGCCUGAGGAGACACAUGCAGACAGACCUGAUAUUUACAGAAAGUCAUCUGACAGGUAUAAGGAACAGGAGGUGGGGAAGCUGGGGACAAUAAAUGCAUAUAGUUGGUCUUGUUUACUGAUUUGGGGAAAGAAAGGUCGAAAAGAACUAACAUGAGGGGUUUCUCGGUUGUUUAGAAAACUCAUCUGUCUAGAAUAUGGCCCUGGCUUCUUACCUCUGGCAAACUGCAAGUCCAGGAGCAACUCUUCUCAUUCAAAGAAAGACAUUUAAAAGUAAUCAAAAAUCACAAGUAAAUUUCCACUUCUAAGAAUACAUACACUCACAUGUGUAGAAAAUGAUCAAAACAUGCAGGGUUUGAAAACGAAAGAUUAGAAGCUAUCCAAAUGGCAUCACCUGGAUUCUGCUUCCUGAAACUGUGAUAUAUUCAUACAGCAAACUCAAGAGACAAAAAAUAAACAAAAAACAUAUGGAUAUCAUUUCUGUAGUGAUUUGGGGUAGUCUCCAAGUUACUCAUUUGAUAGGAAAAGCAAGGUGCAGUGAGUAUGAUAUGCUACAAUUUGUAUAUAAAAAGGAAGAAAUGGUAAGUACAGAAUGAUUGUAUAAGCUGUUUCUGAAAAUUAAUAUAAAAAUCUGAUUACCAUUAUCUUACUGAAGAGAAAGGGACAGUAGGUGAAUAGGGAGAUGAAACCUGGAGACACCUGUGUAUUCUCUCCUAGCUUUAGAAAGUUGUUCAGUGUGAAUAUACUACCUUUUUUGAAAAAUAAAUCUUUAAAACCGUAUUUUAUUCCUUUAAUAAUUAACUCUAGGUACAGAAUCCAUAACACUUAAUGUAUAUAAGCUCAACAGAUUUUAUUUUCAGUGAAUAAAUUGAAUAAUGUGCAAACAGAGGAGCAAAUAUUCAGUCAAUUCCUAAGGUAUGUAGGUAUUUUUCCCUAGGAAUCAUGUAAAGUGAUUCUAAGGUUACCUGAGACCAUAUUACAUAAGCCUAAAAUAGCUGAAACUGGAACACAUUUCAUAUUUAGGGUGAACAGUGACACCUGUGAGAAGUUAUUAAAGUUCAUAGAUAUCUUUUCAUAUCUUAAAGUGAUUUAAAUGACUCCAUAUACACAUACACUGUUUUCACAAGAAGCAUGAAACACCAAUUCAAUGGGAAGCAGAAUAAGUUGCUCCAAAUAUCUAGUGCUAGUAACGUGAUUUUUCCAAGAUCAGAGAUGAAAUUGAGACUCAUGAGAACACUAUAACAACACUUACUGCAGAACAAGAGGUCUUGCUUGUGAAUUGCUGUAUUUAUAGCCCUCUUGCUAAUACGACUGGCUAUUCAUUCAUUCAGUCAGUCAGUCAGUCAGUCAGUCAGUCUGUGUCUAGCAUUAGAAGACAACCCAACUAUGUAAAACCUGGAGGUCAGUGGGGUUUGUACUUAUUAGAACAGAUAAAUUAGACUUGAGUCUGUGCCUUUCUAGACCACCUUUGUUUUUAAAGUGUGUGAGUGGGUGUGCAUGCUCAUGUACAUGUAUAUAUGCAUGUUGAGACCAGAGAGUCACUCUCCCAGCUUAUGUUUUGUCUAUGCAUGUCCAUAUAUAUUUUCCAGAGUCAAAUCCUAGGAGUUAAAUUGCUUUGACAUAGAUUUCUAAAUUGCAUUUAAAAAGUUUAAUACAACUGCUCUCAAUGAUGUACUUCAUGUAUAAAGAUUUGCCAAACUUGGGCCCUCUGUAAGAGAUCUCUUAACCACUGGGCCAUCUUUCCAGCCUCUUUUUUAUUCAAUUCUGGAAAAAUGUGAAUGGUAGGCUCAGAUUGUGGGGGGUGGGGGUGGUUCAGUGCUGGAGCUCAAACAUAGGAUUUGCACAUGUAAAGAGCUCUCUGCUGCAUCCUUGUUCUCACUUUAUUUUUGAGCUCUGGAAUCACGUAUGUCCAAUUGUAGAAGAAAUGUAGGGCUGACUAGCUUGUUCCUGGUGCAGUCUGCAGAAAAGAUGUUCAAGGGAACUGUAAGUAGAUUUUUAAAAUUUUUAACCAAUAGAAAAAUCAUCUCCAUUAAAAGUUAUUCUGCAUUAA